AUGGCUCAUCGAUUAAGCCUAUUGAGACACAGCCGCACGACUAGCCACAAAAAUGCCGAGAUGGAUAAAUCCCAUGAAAAUCCCGAAAGACAACGAGAUCAAGAAAUGUAUAACGAAGAGGAAUCGGAAGACGAAGAACGCAAAGAACAAACGUCCGAUCAAAACGUUCAACAAAAUGGGGGCGCCGAUAGGCCUCCCAUUUCUACAACGACUACAAAUAUGAUCAAUGGUCAACCGAUAAGGGGACUGAAAGUUGGUUUAUAUAAAUUCAUCGAAGAUAGAUGGAUGGAUGGACUUCUUUACCACUUGACUUCGGUGGGAGUCGAACCCACGUCCACGGUCGGAACAAACGAGCAGUAA